AUGAACAUAAACCGUGAUGAAGGAGUAGUUCAGGGACUAAACACAAUUAUACAGCUUGGGGCCCAAGAGACGUACGAAGUCGCAUAUAUAAUUCAAGCAGUUGUAAGCGGGGGCACAUCAAUUGUUACCCAUCGGCCUUCUCGCCAUCAAAUUCUAUCCAUUUCUAGGGUUAGGGUUUCUUUCAUCCCCAAAAAUUCCCAGGCUUUCCGAAUUCCGGCCGAUCAAUACACCAUGUCUUCAUCAUCUAAGGUUAUUGUUUUGAAAAGUUCCGAUGGAGAAACCUUCGAGGUUGAAGAAGCGGUGGCGUUGGAGUCACAGACGAUUAAACAUAUGAUUGAAGACGACUGUGCCGACACUAGUAUCCCUCUCCCCAACGUCACAAGCAAGAUCCUGUCAAAGGUUAUUGAGUACUGUAAGAAGCAUGUGGAGACACCGAAGACCGACGAUAAGGCAGCUGAGGACGAUCUGAAAUCGUUUGAUGCCGAGUUUGUUAAAGUGGAUCAGGGGACUCUAUUCGAUCUCAUUUUGGCUGCUAACUAUCUGAACAUAAAGAGCUUGUUGGAUCUGACAUGCCAAACAGUUGCAGACAUGAUAAAGGGAAAGACACCUGAAGAGAUCCGCAAAACAUUCAACAUCAAGAAUGAUUUCACCCCUGAAGAAGAGGAAGAGGGCUUUUUGUUCCCGAUCCUUCCGCUCGCUUUAUCUUCCUCAGCACAAAACCUCCGAUCUUCUCCUAUCUUCUUCUUCACCGAUCCUGACUACUUCAUCGACCUCUAUUACAGCCUCUUCUCCUCUUCUCGCCUAACCAUCUUCCCUCUGCUUUUCUCUGUUUUGUGUCACCGCCAGACCAUACCAGCGCAUGUUGCUAUACACGUGUUGGUCGGUGUGUUACAGACGUUGCUGCACGGUAGACCAUGUUACCGCCUCCACUCCCUGUCACACCGCCUCGCUCUUUCUCCGAUUAAAUUUUAUCCACCACUUCCGGUGCCUUCUACUACUUCUACUGCUUUCAUCCCGUCGAUUGCUUCUCUCUCUUCUUACGACUUCGUUGCAGCUCCUCAGUCCCACCAGUCCUCCCUCUACUCAACCAUCACUAUCGAUUCCUACUUAAACUUCGGUCGUCGUUGUUGA